AAGCGUCACGAAAGCGUGGUUAAAACACUGAGUCGAAUUAGGUUAGGUGAAGAUCAACAACGAACGGGUGCACGCGCAAUUCUCCAAUCGACGAAUUGCUGAAAGGAUAGUGACACAGAAAGUAUACAAAGUAAAUUUCCUAAUGUCUGGCCAAGACUUAGUGUCGGACCAAGGACUAAGAGUCGAUGGGCGACGAGCAAACGAGCUGAGACAAAUUCGGGUUCGCAUGGGUGUCUUCGGGCAGUCGGAUGGGAGUGCUUACCUAGAACAGGGCAACACAAAAGUUUUGGCUGCAGUGUACGGGCCUCAUCAGCCAAGAGGAGGGGGUCGUGGUGGGAACAGAAGUGGUACGGGAAUUAUAAAUUGCCAGUACAGUAUGGCGGUGUUCAGUUUUAGUGCCGGCGAGCGCAAGAAACGACCACGCGGUGAUCGCAAGACCCAAGAAACCUCCCUGCAGCUACGCAGGGCUAUCGAAGCGAUCGUACAAGUAGAACUGUACCCUCGCUCUCAAAUUGACGUAUUCGUCGAAGUGCUUCAGUCCGACGGCAGUGAUUAUUGCGCAGCAGUAAACGCAGCGACACUCGCUCUGAUCGACGCCGGGAUCCCCAUUAAGGAUUACUCUGUAGGAUGCACAGCAACAAUAGCCAGCAUGGGAGCUUCGGAAGAAACUGACAGCAAGGAUGAGACAGGACCUGGGACAGGAAUAGUUGAUGCAAAUCAUAUGGAAGAAUGUACGGGAGCGACGACAUUGACUGUGGUUGCUUUACCAGGAGCCCCUGGCUCAAAUUAUGGGUCAGAUGCUGACAAUUCUGGUUUAGUAGUCGUUGCGCAGGGAACUGGUGCACGACUCCAUCUCUCCAGGCUCGAAGGGCUCAGGCAACGGGCAUUGCAGGGCUGCCGGGAUACAAGGGUGAUUCUUGAUCAAGCAGUUAGAUUCCAUUUGACGACACAUGAUCCUCAUUUUAUUUAGUACUUUUUUUAAUUGAUCCCCAAUUUCUUACACACACACACGCGCGCACAUCAUCAGCUAUGCAUAAUGAAACAAACGAAGCAGAAUUCGAAAUGGAUCAUAAUUUAUUGUA